GGUCAAUCGGUUUGAACGGAACAGAUACAGAAGAACAGAAUAAACAAAACAAAACGAGAAAAAACGUUAAGCGAGAAAGUUUUUUUAAACAUAAAAAGAAACAUUCAUACUGGAUUGAGGAACUGUGAACUGUUUAGAGCUUUGUAUACUGAAAUCAAUGCAAUGCUUUAGUUGCGUGUUUUUUGAUGAAACGGAUGUUUUAUUAACUUUUUUUCAUUAUUUUCAAUUUUUUUCAGAAAACAAUUGUAAAUAACAUAACAUGGCAAAGCAAACAAACUGGAAGUUCAUGAGAUACAUAAAUCUAUCCACCAUAUAUACAUUUCGUUAUACGGUAUUUUUGCUUUAUUGGUUCGGCAAACCCGAAAAAUCCGUGCUCCAAAACUCAUCCUGAUGAGGUCAACGGUCCUGUGAUGCAAAUCUGAUGCAGUUCUGGAAGAUGCAUACUCUCCUUUUCCUUCCUGUUACAUCUCGCGAUCUCGCGAUUUAUGUACGUUUGUCUCGCUCCUUUCGUGUCCAGAGUAUCGAAUCUUGUACUGCAUUUCCGCAAACGGUGCAUCAAAACGGAAACUCGUUUCUCGUGGUGCCAUGAUUUUGGGUGUAAAUAACUGUUCUUUUCCAAAAAAAAAACAAAAAACAAAACAAAUGAAACGAGCAUUAGCUCUCCGAAACGAGCUCUCCUGCAGCCUGUACAAGAAGGAGGUCAAUGUACCGAGCACGGAUCGGGUGAAUGAUGGUGGAGGCGCAAGAACCGUGGUGGAAGCCGGAAAGGACACUAUAAAAAAAUGUGCCCAAGAAAGUAAUGCUUUCAUUUCUGCUCCGUCCGUUGGAGCGAGCGAUCGUCACGUCAGUUGCGUAGAACAGGAGAUCACGUAUUGUGAUUUGCCGAAGUGCUCGGAUUGUGAUCGAUUUGCCCCCUAGUAGUGGCAGGAUGGAGGUGCUGUACAAGAAUACUCUCUUGUCGUUCGUGGUGGCGGUGGUUUUAGUGCUAUCCAUUGUAGCAGCUACUACGAAUCCUGAACCCGCCGGAACAAAGACCGAAGUGAAGAGCUAUUCACCGGAAGACGUCAAGGACGUGAACAACUUUCCGGUUAAUGGGCUGCCGCCAUUAACGUACAGCUCGAAGAAAUACACCUUGCACACCGAGGUUGUGAACUUCUUCGAGGCUUGGAAUCGCUGCCGGGAUAUGGGCAAACAAUUUGCUUCUAUUGAAAACUCUCAGGACUUUGCAGCAUACCGAGAUGCUGUCCAACCGUAUGCCAACGUCAACUAUACCUUCUGGUUAGCGGGAACUAACGUUGGUGCCAGGUCGAACGAUCACCGCAAAUUCUACUGGAUUACAAACGAUCGACCGGUCAGCUAUGUGAGCGGUUUCCAAAAUUGGUUCCUAGGUUCCCCACCAAACGAUGCCAACGCAUGUAUGCUAACUUAUCAGAGUAGUACGCUUUGGUUCACUGUGCCCUGCUUUACCACCCUGUCAUCCUACGCAUGCGAGGAACCACAGGAUGUCUGAUCAUACGAGCUUCUGGCAGAAAAUGAACCGCUGAUGCAACUGCUGCUCACGGCACAAUGGAACAGUCUUAUCUUAAGUGGGAAGACGAACAUUUAAUAUAAGAAGUUUGAGCUCAAUAAAACUGUUAAAAUCCCUAUGCAAGCAGCCCGUAUGUAUCUCGCAAACUUGACUGACUUGGGAAGUGUUGCCUUACUUACAGACACUCGAAUAAAAACAAAACAUUCGCUUUUACGAUCUUUAUUUGAUAUUUCGUGUUGUUCAACAAUUUUUAAUAAUAAAAUAUGCAAUUUGAUGUUAUAAUAUAGCAUGACCAAUAUAUUGACACUUUUUACUGCAAUUUCCAAUUUUCAUUUUAAAACGGACACAGAUCGCCACUAAUUGAAAAGUUUAUUAUAAAAUGCGCUUGGGAUUGGUCUUUUUGAGAAUGUUGCCUCAUUCAGCACAGCACAAAAAUCAAUCCCUCGACAGUUCAUACACACAGAACAAUGUGUUUCAUGCUUUUUUUGGUUCUAUAGUGUUUAGUGUUUCGUGAACGAAGCGCCAAUUUAGUCAUGAUGUUUUUGCCCUUUCGUUUUCUCUUUGCUUACAAUUGUGUUAACAUCAAAAUGGUAGUACAAUUUUGUGACAGCCAAUUCGUCUUUUUCUUCUCUUGUUGGGGUUUUGAUUACUAAUCCAAUUAUGCAGCUUUUCAUUACGAUUUAAAUGACAUGAGAAUAUCUCUUGUUUUUACGUUACAACACAAUCUUCCGAGCACUUGCAGAGCGAAAAAGGAAAGAAAUACGAUAACGAUCGCUCGAUCAGUUCAGUACGCACUUUGCGGGUAGUAUCAUCGUUGGAAAGAUUUAUUGGAAGAAACAUAUUUAACCAUUGUUGCAGGUAUUGGACCACUUGGACCACAAAUAAACAAUAAACAAAAUAAAUAGUAACACUAUAUUAUUUGGUGCGCAUGGUGAGCGAAGUUUUACUUCCGUUUUUUCUUUUCUCUUCUUUUGUUUAAUAAAAUCGGUCAAACUAACUCCCAAUCCCUGUUCACUGUUCGCCUUUACAGCACAGACGCAUGUUUGGUGGGUUUUUUUUAUGAUAUAAACGUUAUUGUAUCUUGCAUUUCAGUACAACAUAACAUUGUUUGCGUAUUUGUGUGUGUGUGUGUUUUUGUUUAUAUAGGGAGAUGUUUGUGUAUGUAUGCAUGUGUGUGUAUGUAAGUUUUCUAAACAAUAAGUAGAUUGCCAUCAGGAAUACCCAUAGCAGCGCAUAAUAAAGGAAAGCAAAGUGUUGCAUGCACAAAACAGGUAAUUUGCCUCUACUCUGCACACCACACCACAUCUAGAGAACAUCUUUUAUCUUUUGUAUCGUAUUUUGCUCCGUAAAAAAUUACACAUAUAAUUACACGACAUCACAAUGAAAACGAUUUCUUUCCCCCAGGACGUUCAACUCGGCUGUUGUCUCAAGCAUGAUCAUAUAAAGUUAAACAUAUUUGCGUACAUCUGGCAACGUGUCAAGCGCGAUAUUAACAAUUAAGGACAAUUUGUAUUCCACUACACUUGUGUGCCAGUGUGAAAGGUAUUUAUGGUUUAGCUUAUUGUUAUUUUAACUUCGCCCGUACGACAACAUCUUCGUCGACUGCAAACAUCUUCCAAAUAAUGUCUCCAAUUUUCCCGUACUUUAGUGUUCUAUUCGAUGCGUUUCGGUGCUACUGAAGGAGCUUUCCCUGAUCGCUGAUUAUUAGUUAGCACACAGUGUUCGUUUUUCUAAAGAUAUUGUCAACAAUUCAGUACGAUUUUUGGAACAAUCAAAAGCAAUGGCGCCAUUCAAUAUAUUCAGCCCGAUCGAUCGAACGAACGUUCUGCUAGCUGCUACUUUCGGUAAGUUAUC